AUGACGGAGCAGGGCUACGUGUACGAGAUCAACGGCACAAACUCUGACUUCCUCUAUUUCAACCGCAUCCGGUGCCACCAGCACGGCGGGGGCAAUGACGCGCCCCCGUUUCAGCGGAGUGUCGCGUAUUUGUCCUGCUCGGCCACGCCGUUUCUCUCGAAGGGCAACAACAGCGACGAGGAGCGGGGGCGGGCGAGCUACUACUUGUCGAACAAACUGGAGUUUCUGAACAAGGAAAAAGAGUGGUUUUUCCACUUCUUCACCGCCGAGGACGCAGCUUCUUCUCCCGGGGGCGAAAACACCGACGAGCUUUACUCCGGCCGACUGUUUGUCCGCAUGCCCUCGCACCCGCAGAACUACAAGUUUUUCUCCCGGCAGGUGGACGUGGGGCUGAACUUCGACUGCAGCGGCAACAAAAUGCAGCGGUUCGAACUGUCCGGCAUCACGUUUUUCGCGAACAGCAUCACGGGGCACAAGUGCCACUAUUGGAAGGUUCUGAACAACGACUUUUUGUACUCCUCCACCUCUCGAAAGGCUUUGAAGCACGAGUGGCCGAACAAUGUCGAUCUGAACUUUCCAGAUCUCGACCACCCGUUCAGCAACCGGUUCUACCUGUCGAAUUUCGCCCAGAUCACCGGCAACAGCUUCAAGUUCGCGGAGGGGAAGGCCUUGGAGUGGCAGGGGAACGAGGUGGUGUGGGAGCAGAAUUUGUUCGCUUUCAACGGCUGGCAGAGUUUGGACUCGGCGUCGACCAUCCGUAUCAAGGGCUCCAGUUCGGACGAAGACGCGAUCCCGCCCGCGAAACUGGCGCUCAACAUAUCAAAUGCAAAUAUGUCUGGGGCUGGCGCUGGAAUGAUGCAGAUUUUUGUCAUGCUGUUUUUCCAUGACCCUGAAGGUCUGGCAAGCAAGGUUGAGCAUUACAGGUUUUGAGAAGCUGCGUCGAUGCCUAAUCCGCACGACGAGUCACCUGUUUUUUCGGUGACAAAAAUGGGCAAGUCUUGCUGUCUAUGCAUGAGAGAUUUUUGUGUGUUUGAGAUGCGCAUCACAAGUUCCGUCUUUCCAGAUGACCCAGAUGACAUUAUAUUUGCAAUUCAUACAACACGUUCAAGUACAACGGGCAGGUGAACGCGAUGAUCGCGACCAAGGCCGGCUCGGUCCUCGAGAAGAACCUGAUCCAGUUCCAAAAUUUCGGGAACGCGCAGGCGGGGGGCGUCGUCACCUCCGGGCCGGCGGGCACGGCCAAGAGCCGCAUGGAGUACAACUGGAUCGUCGAUUCCGGGGCGUUUGCCGACGCGUUCCGGUUCGACGCCUGGGCCAGUCACACCUUCGACACGGUAACCAAAAACGGCACGCUGCGGUACAAUCUCGCCUGGAACGAUAUGACGCCGAAUGUAAUGGUGCCAGGAGGAACAACAGGAUCAGCUUCUGGUGCAGCUUCUUCCAGCACAACUAUCGUCGCCGCCACGACCAGUGUGCCCUUCAUUCCCAAAGUUGCCCUCCAGGGCGACGACCACACGGUCGAAUUCAAUUCCCUGCUCCCAACGGGGCAGAUGGACGUGCAGCGGGACCUGGGGGUAAAUUUGUGCGGGAUGAACAUGAACAGUAGCAUCCGAAACAACCUGCUGAGCUACUUCAACCCGUACGGGGAAAAUUGCAUCAGCGACGUGCCGGGGACGACCGGGUUCGGGACGGAGGUGAUUUCCGGCUUACCGGCGAACACCGUGGAAAAUAAACCGCUCCAGCCGUUCUACUACACGGAUCUGAACCCCUGCAGUGAAUACCUCCGCGACUGUGAGAAGUACGACUUCCGGCCGAUAGCGGUUGCAACUACAAGUGCAGCAGCUUCUGCAACUUGA